AUGUGUAUCGUAUUUGAAAUUGAAGUUAGCCCUGUACUAAGCCGAUCUUUAAGUAAUCGACCUGAUUUCUCUUUACCAUAAUGUGAUAACAAUAGCGAAGAUGUUUCUUUUGAACCCAGCAUUAGUUCUGAGUAGAAAUUAGCAUAAAGUAUAUUCGAAAUAACUGAAUAAAAGAGAGAAACUAAAAUGCCUCUCGAUAGAGAUAUAGAGAGCAGUCAAGACUAGCUCAUUAAGAUAAAAAAUAAAAAGUGGGGUACCAAGGGUCUUAGGAUUAUGUUCUUUAUGACUAAAUUUGUGAAACAAAUGAAAAAUCAUUCAACUUAAGUGAAAUUUAAAUCUCUAAAUGCAAACAUUCUUAAAUUAAUAUCAGAUGCUGCAAGUGAUUCAGAUGUGUUAUUGUAGAAACAUAUGAAUAAAAUUUAAAUUCUCAUUUAAAAUUUAAAAUGGGCCUUAAGCCACAUUCCGAUCAUGGAUCCGGAUUCUAAUUUUAAGGUGAUGUGGGAUAUACUUCUAUUAAUUUAAAUAAUCUUGAAUAUUUUUUAUAUCCCAAUGAAAAUAGGAUUUGGCUUUUAAAACGAGGGAAUACUGUAUCAAUUAUUUUUUGAAUCAUUACCCUCUUGGACCUUUAUUGUGGAUAUAAUCAUAAAUUUCUUCACUGCUUAUUACAGUAAGGGGUAGAUCCACAAAAGCCACAAGGAUAUCAUCAGAAAUUAUGCAAGAUAUGAAUUGUGGUGGGAUCUAUUGAUCGCAAUUCCAUUCAUCUUAUCCUCCUUCAAAAUAAAAUACACUGAGUAUAUUUUAAUGCUGAGAUUGGCAAAAGUAAAGACUUUGAUUAAUUCAGUAGAGGAAGCAAUCAACCCUUCAAUCACAAUGUAAACAGUGUUGGAAUUAUUUAAAUCGGUCUUUUUAUUAUUGUUUGUUUCUCAUUGCUGUGCUUGUUUAUGGAAUUUGAUCGGAUAGAUGCAAUAAGAUGCUGGGAAUUAUUCUUGGUUGGAUUCAAAGGGUAUCGUUGAUGCCUAAUGGGAUUCAAGAUACAUCCAUUCACUAUACUUUACUACCGUCACCACCCUGACAGUGGGAUAUGGGGAUAUAGUUCCUUAAAGUGAUCUCGAAAGGAUAUUUGUGAUCCUGAUGGCUAUGGUGAUAUGUGGGUUGUUCGGAUACACUAUAUCAAGUAUUGGAAAUAUACUGAGACAGUUAACAGAGAAGGAGUAAAUUUACAAAUAGAAGAUGACAUAACUAAACAAUUAUGUAAAAAAGAGGCAAUUAAGCAAGCAAUUGAUUUUGUCAGUAAGAAAAUAUUUUGAAUAUUACUUGAAAAUGCAAGAUGAGAAUACUGAGUUUGGAGAGAAUAUGAUGAACGCAUUAAAUAAGAAGCUAAAGGAAUAAGUUGCUAUUGAUUUAUAUCACAAUACUUUGAUGAGUUCCAGACUUAUUAAGAAAACCCUAUCAGAGAAGAGUGUCAAGAAGCUAUGUUGUUAUGUGAGAGAGAAGAGGAUGGCUCCUGAAGAGAUCGUGGAGGCUCAGAAUGAAUUGGCUAAUAAGCUGUUCUUUUUAUAGAAAGGAUAAAUAAAUUUGAUUUGCGAUUAAGCAAACAGAGAAACUCAAUUAGCAGUCAUUAAUGCUGGUAAAUUUAUAGGAGAAAAGGAAUUCAUUAUUUAAUCUCGAUACGAUUAUUCCAUAAGGACUACUAAGUUCUGUCAAAUUGCUUAUAUCCAAUAUGAGGAUUUUUUUAAAAUCAUAAAAGAAGAUCCAAUAGAGGAAGAGAAUUACUAAAUGUUGAAGGAUGAGAUGCUAUUUAAUGAGGAGAAAUAAAACUAUGGAGAAGUAUGCUAUAUAUGCAGAUGGACUCACCAGUUUAUGAAAUGCCCUUUCGUAUUCUAUCAUGUUAACCUUGAUAGAUUGCGAAAGAGGUUCAUGAUAACAGAGGAUAAUAAAAGAAAAAGAUAUAAAAGAUAUCUCAACGAAAAAACAAGAUUCGACAAAUAACUUUUACAAGAAUCAGCUCUUCAAUAAAUUGUAGACAACAAUUACAUACCUCUGGAAGACUUGACUGAUCAAUAUUUAGAUACGUUAGGCUAUGUCAUCAAUAUUAAUUAGAAUAAUCAUAUGAUAAAGACAUUAUUAAGUAUGAAAACAAGCAACACCUAAAACUCAAGUAGCCAAGAUUCUGAUGAGGAGGACAAUUAAAUUCAUCUAAUAAAUUAAUCAAAAAGUCCUAAUCUUGAGAAGAAAGUUUAAUUCCUGCAAAUAUCCCCUGAAUCUAAGGAAUUUGGUAAACAGACUUCCAAAUUUAAACGUGUCAGGGGAAGCAAAAGAACCUUUGCCAAACUAUCAUAAAUUCAAAAUCAUCGGGGCAGCUCUAUAUCUGCUCUAUCCUAAGAUCUAUCCAAUUUGGGAUAGGUUUUAUAACAAAGUUCCUAAUCCUAAAACUCCUAUGCAUCUUAAUUGUAGCCAUAAUAAAUUUGUUAGCCGACUUAAUAGAUGUAAAUGCAUCAUGCCAGUAUUUCAUCAAGAUCUAGGCAAUUAAGAAAAGGAAAUUCUAAUUCAUAUCAAAAUCUUGACUAACAGAUGACCCAAUUGAUUAAAACUUAAUAAUAAUAGUCAAGGUCGGAUUUGAGAUAAUUUUCACUUUCCAUGAUUUAGGAAACUAGCAAUUCUAAACUGGAAGAAAUUUCUUAUAAAUCAAGACAAAGAAUAGAUUUUGAUAUAGAUCAAUGCUUCAACACGAAACAUUAUUUUGUCAAUUUCAAUUUGGAUAUCGUCUUAAUGAAGGCGAAGAGGCCAAAGAAGACUCAAAGGCAUGCAGCUUAAAUCUUAAGUGUUAUAGAGAAAUCAAAGAUUAGACAACAAUAGCGCUUGUGA